CCGUGCCGGUGGAUUAGCCAACAAUCUCCUUCUUCUCCCCCAAGGAGGAACAGAAGCUAAAGAAGAAAAAAACAAAGCAAGCCAAAAAGGCAAAAAUGAUCGUCGGCGAGCAGCCCAAACGCCCGAAUCCAACGGUUCAGAUUCCACCAUGGACGUUUCUGGAGGAUUCGGCGAUGGAUGUGUACAGUCAUUCGCCGGGGAGCGGUGGCAGCAGCGGUUCCGUCAAGUGCGACGGAUGUUCCAGCGGCGGAUACUCUCCUUAUUAUCUGCAGGAAGCAUUAGCGAUGCUGAAGCGGUAUCUUCCGUCUAAUGAGGCGGAGAUGGACUCGGAUUUUGAUGUUUCAGGUCGGGAGUUGGAUUCUCUGGUGGAUGCGUACUCCUCCGAUCAGUUUCGAAUGUAUGAGUUCAAGAUUAAGAAGUGUACGAGAGGAAGAUCGCACGACUGGACUGAGUGUCCGUUUGCUCAUCCCGGCGAGAAGGCUCGCCGGAGAGAUCCGAGGAGGUAUUACUAUUCAGGUACGGCGUGUGCGGAUUUUCGGAAAGGGAGCUGUAUGAAAGGAGAUGCGUGUGAGUUUGCUCAUGGAGUUUUCGAGUGCUGGCUUCAUCCGGCUCGUUAUCGGACUCAGCCAUGCAAGGAUGGGACGAGUUGCCGGAGAAGAGUUUGUUUCUUCGCUCAUACGCCGGAGCAACUUAGGGUUUUGCCUCAACAAAGCCCUCGGAGUACGAAUUCCAUCCCUUCAUACGACGGAUCGCCUCUCCGACAAGCAAUUGAGGCCUGUGCAAAGCAAAUGCCCUAUUUGUCUUCUCCAGGAACAUCGCCGCCAGUAUCUCCUCGAAUCGAGUCUCCACCUCAAUCACCGAUGAUUAAAUCACUAAAUCGACCUCACGCAACAAGUUCGAUCAACGAAAUGGUUGCAUCACUGCGAAGUUUACAGCUCAAUAAGGAAUUCUGUAAGGUACAAUCUCCUUCUUCCUCAUGGAAUGUUCAAGUCGGAUCUCCUGUCUUCGGAUCUCCAAAGGAAUCCACUCGAUCCGGUUUAUCUAGCCUUCCAGAUACUCCGACUCGUCCAAGUAUCCGAUAUCUCGAUUUCUGGGACCUAGGUUGCGGAGAGGAACCGGCGAUGGAGCGAGUGGAAUCUGGAAGAGAUCUUCGUGCAAAAAUGUUAGAGAAAUUGAGGAAGGAGAACUCCGUCGGCGUCGGCUGCGGUGAUCAGGACAAUUACAGCGGCGGCGGAGGUCUGGAUGUCGGUUGGAUCUCGGAGCUCCUCAAGUAAAUCAAACCAUUGGCGGUGGCAAUUUCUUUGAAAGGAACAAAGAAAAACAAAAGGUUCGUCUCUGAUUCCAUUUUGGCGCCAUUACAACCAAGAUUUCUUCUGCUUUUUUCAUGAUUAUUAUUAUAACAGUAUCAGAAUCAGAUAGGGAAGAGUUGGAAUCUUUCAAUUUGGAAGAACAUGCAAGGUUUUUUUUUCCCAAGAUUCUCUGUAAAUAUUAAAUUUAGGGGUGGGUGUGGAAAUGGAUUAAAGAGAUUGGUGAAUCAAAUCUGUUCUGUUUUUGGGGGGAAUUUUCCAGAUGAACAUAUCAAAAGAAGAAGAGGUAGUUCAUAAAAUAUAUAUAUAUAUAAUAUAAAAGAAAAUGAAGAAAAAGAAAAAGGGCAAUGGGUAUCUUUUUUUGUAUAGGAUUUUAGCAAUUCACAUACUGCAAUCGUUUACUGUAUUUUGUGGAGUUGUGUAACUCUUAUGAUUGUAUUAAGGGAAAACAAAAAGAAUUAACAUAAUAUAAUAUAUUAUUUAUAUAUGUAUUGAAAUGCAAAAUGAUGUUGUUA